GCCCCUUUAAAUUGUCUCGCGGCCCCAGUUUUAAUAUUUUCUUCCGAAUAAAAAAUAACAAGUGAAAACGAUCAAAUAAUAUAACUUAAAGACAAGUAUUCUUUUAAAAAUUUAACAAUGCCUCGGAUUAUGAUAAAAGGAGGCGUGUGGCGUAACACUGAAGAUGAAAUCCUCAAAGCUGCCGUCAUGAAAUAUGGUAAAAACCAAUGGUCACGAAUUGCUUCUUUACUUCACCGGAAAAGUGCCAAGCAAUGUAAGGCAAGAUGGUAUGAAUGGUUGGAUCCUUCAAUCAAGAAGACUGAAUGGUCUCGUGAAGAGGAUGAAAAGCUUCUACAUUUAGCUAAGCUUAUGCCAACACAAUGGAGAACAAUUGCACCGAUUAUCGGAAGAACAGCAGCUCAAUGUCUUGAACGUUAUGAAUUUCUGUUGGAUCAAGCACAAAGAAAAGAAGAAGGUGAAGAAAAUCUUGACGAUCCUCGGAAGUUGAAGCCCGGAGAGAUUGAUCCUAAUCCUGAAACGAAACCUGCACGACCUGAUCCCAAAGAUAUGGACGAAGAUGAAUUGGAAAUGUUGUCAGAAGCUCGAGCUCGUUUAGCUAACACUCAAGGAAAGAAAGCGAAGCGUAAAGCUCGUGAGAAGCAAUUAGAAGAAGCUCGUCGUUUAGCUGCAUUGCAGAAACGUCGUGAAUUGCGAGCAGCAGGAAUUGGCGUUGGAAAUCGCAAACGUAAAAUCAAAGGCAUCGAUUACAAUGCAGAAAUUCCUUUUGAAAAGCAACCAGCUCGAGGAUUCUACGACACAAGUGAAGAAUUUGUUGUGCCAAUUGCUGCUGAUUUCUCAAAACUUCGACAACAGAAUCUUGAUGGUGAAUUGCGAUCAGAAAAGGAAGCUCGUGAGAGGAAGAAAGAUAAAGAAAAGCUUAAGAAGAAGGAAAACGACGCUCCAAUGGCGAUGUUACAGAAUCUUGAACCAGAACGAAAACGUUCAAAGUUAGUUCUACCAGAACCACAAAUUUCUGACGUUGAACUUCAGCAAGUUGUCAAAUUAGGUCGUGCAAGUGAAAUGGCAAAGGAAGUUGCUUCAGAGAGUGGAAUUGAAACCACUGAUGCUUUACUAGCUGAUUACAGCAUCACUCCACAAAUUGCAGCAACACCACGGACGCCAGCACCGUUGACAGAUCGGAUCAUGCAAGAAGCGCAGAAUGUCAUGGCUCUUGUGCACACAGAAACACCGUUGAAAGGUGGAGUCAACACUCCUUUGACACAAACUGAUUUCAGUGGAUCUUUGCCACAAUCUCUUGCAGUUGCAACACCAAACACGGUCAUUGCAACUCCAUUCCGUUCAGCUCGAGGUGAUGGCGGUGCAACACCUAGUGGAUUUGCAACUCCAGCUUCAUCAGCUCUUGUGCCAGCAAAUAGCAGUGUACGAGGUGGUGGUGGGGCGAGUUUCACACCAGUUCAUGUUCGUGACAAAUUAAAUAUCAAUCCUGAAGAUUCUUUGGGUGUGACAGAAACUCCAGCAGCUUACAAACAUUAUCAACGACAAGCGAAAUCAUCAUUACGAGAAGGAUUGUCAUCUUUACCAACUCCAAAGAAUGACUACGAGAUUGUCGUUCCAGAAGAUGAGGAAGACGAAGAACCAAUGGAAUCAGCAACAAUUUCUAUUGAAGAUCAAGCGGAAAUCGAUGCAAAACGUGUUGAAGCUGAGAAAGAACGAUUACGUAAGGAAAUGUUGUUGAGAUCACAAGUCAUUCAACGUGAUUUACCGCGACCCUUGGAAAUUAAUUCGAGUGUUCUUCGGCCAUCAAAUGAGAUGCAAGGAUUGAAUGAUUUACAGAAAGCUGAAGAACUUAUUAAGCAAGAGAUGAUAAAAAUGUUGCAUUAUGACGCUUAUAAUGAUCCGGUGGCACUACCAGGUGUUAAUAUUCCACCUCAGAAGAAGCAGCAAAGCUUAAAUUAUCUUGAAACUCAUCCUUAUUCAGAAGUGUCAGUGGUAGAACGUGAAGCAGCGGAGAAGCUUUUAAAACAGGAAAUGCAAAUUGUCAAAACUGGAAUGGCGCAUGGAGAUUUGUCACUUGAAAGUUAUUCACAAGUUUGGGAAGAAUGUUUAAGUCAAGUUUUAUAUUUGCCAUCGCAAAAUCGUUAUACGAGAGCGAAUCUUGCAAGCAAAAAAGAUCGAAUUGAAUCCUUUGAGAAGCGAUUGGAACAGAAUCGGAAACAUAUGGCAAAGGAAGCUAAAAAAUGUAGCAAAUUGGAGAAGAAAUUGAAGACGUUGUUAGGCGGUUAUCAAGCUAGAGCUCAUUCUUUAAUUAAACAGCUUCAAGAUACUUUUGAGCAAAUUGAACAGAAUUAUUUGUCGCUUUCAACUUUUCAAUUUCUCGAGAAAAUGGAAACCGCAGCCAUUCCAAAGCGACUUGAAUCUUUAACUGAAGAUGUCACGAGACAAACUGAAAGAGAAAAACAACUUCAGCAAAGAUAUGCAGAAUUGGUUGAAGAACUUAAACAAUUGUCGACUGAUGUCAAUACAGAAGAAGUUUAUACAAAUGGAAAUGGAAGUGAGAAGUCACUCGACGCUUCAGAAUAAUUGUAAAAUUUAAUAAGAAUUUAAUAAAAAUAAACUUUCAUAUUUAAUUAAUUAUA